UGCGUUAAAUAUUAACAAGCCUGGUUCAUCAAUUCCCUGGUUCACUUGGCUUCUUUUAACAACAGAUUUUAUUACAACAACUCCUCUGCCUGCCACCCUGCUCCUGUCAGCACAGCCAAUGGUGAAACCCAAGAAUCUGCUGCUGUAACUCUGCCUGCAGAGCCUGGCUGCUGCCCUGGCCCUGUGGUCUCCCCCAACGCUCUCCCUGGGAUCACCAAUGCUGCCCGCCUUUGGUGGCUGUGAGUAGCUUGUGCUGUGAGCCACUAGUUACAGAGAGGUGUUGGUCAAGGAAAAGUGAGAAAAGGAGUGAGGGAGCCCACAGGAAAGUGAGUUGGAAAGUGAGUUCCUGCUGCCAGAGGAGGAAGCAGUAAGCAUGGCCAGCAACUCCAGCACGCUGCCCAGGGUGACUUUCCAGACACCAGAGAAACCUGGGGAGGAAUCAUCACACAGGAAACUGGGCAAGUUAACCAUAAAGUACAACCGCAAAGACCUACAGCGCUGGCUAGACCUGGAGGAAUGGAUCAACACCCAGCUGCAGGAGCUGUACCAGUGCCAGCUAAGAGAGGAAUCAGAGGAAGCAGCUCCUGAACCACAAAUUGAUCUUGAAGACCUCCUGGAGGUCCCUAAUGAAGAACAGAAAUUAAAACUACAGGAAAUCCUCCAUGAGUGCUCCAGCCCAACAGAGGACUUCAUUACAGAAUUGCUUAGUCGAUUAAAAGGUCUCCGGAAAGUCACCCAUCCUCAGAAGAAAUGACCUUGCCCACGCAGAACACCCAGCUUUGGUCACAAGGCAAUGUGUAUUUUCCCCACAAAACCCAGGAUCAGUAACAUCACUUCAGAAUAUGUUUAGGACUUACUGUUAUUGAGAAUCACCACCAAGUUUGUGAACUUUGUACCAGGGGGUUGAAGUCUCCACUCCUUCCAGAUCUACGCACACAGCACAGAGCUAGACUGUACAAUUUCCUGAUUCUUAAAGGGCACAUAAGCCUGGGGAAAAGGACAAGAUAUCUUUCCUUUAGUUUCUUCCAUGAAUGUCCAUCCUGGCUGAGGAGCACUGAAUACAAUUCUCAGGAGCUCAUCAAGACUUCUUUCUUUCCAUCCACUGCAAGGAAAACAAGGCAUUGGUUAUCACUCAUUCAUCAACGUGGAAAAUCAGGCACUGUAAAGCUGCACCCUGUUUCAGUCUGGCUGGGACCCAGCUGUGAUCUCCUGCCUGUUACUGCUGUACCUGACUCUACAGCAUUGCAUGUACUUUGUAAGUCUUAUUAAGCCUCUGUUAUUCAUGAAGCUUGGACAGAAAAUAUACAGGAGGAUGGAAGGAAAAGGUUCAAGUGCACCUGGUCUACUUAAGGGGAAGGUAAUCAAACAGCUGCUAAGGCUAAUGGAAGAGAGAUUAAUUUUUCCUUUUUGUGGACUUUAAGACUUAAUGAUUUAGCAGCAUCUUCUAAAGGACCAAAGUCUGGCAAUGAUUUUUCUCAUAAUUUAAAAAUAUAUUGGAAAAAUGCUUAUUUUGUAUAUUAAAACUGAGAAAACUA